AUGACUGUAACCCCAUACCCAGCCGGCCUCUCCACCGACAGCCUCGACCUCGACCCGGCUACCGCUGGGUCUCCUCCAGGUACCCUCGACGAGCAGUGGAGCGAUGCACAUGAGACGUUUGAUACCGACACCGAGCGCGAUGCCAUCGAGGAAGUGGAGGAAAAUACUGAGGAUCUGACCGUCGUCCAAGCACCCAAGUUGUCUGCGGAUUCCGACAAAACGCAUACACAUGAGAUCCAAACCCCUUCCCCCACAAACAUCGAGACGACCAACGCCCAGGAACGUGCAUCCGACGUGGACGCCACGAGUGUACAUAGCAUGCCGAUCGUGCAGGUCACGGAGCCUACCAGUCCCACCCUUCCUGCAACGCCGCGAAGCGUCCGUUCCCAUCGUUCUUCCGCUACCGCAGUUUCCAACACCAGCCUGGCGCCCCCUGCGCAUUCUGCCAACGUUAGCCGCGAACGGCCACGACGAAACCGGGCUACGCUCGAUACUCGUGCUUCCAAUCGCUUCUCCGGCUUUUUGUCAAACCUCAUUCAUCGCCGUGAUCACCCCCCAAAUCCUCCUCCUGAGCAACCCCCGCCUCCCACCUUGUCUGCCAAAGAUUCCUCCCGUGCCUCCUCACCUGCUCCUCCUCGACCGACGACCCCUCCGCCUCAAUUACCCCCACCUUCCUUGGAUGAUCUCGGUCUCAGUCUUUCUUCCCUGACCGCCCACAUAUCUCCCGCUCAUUUCAGUAAUCCCCCAAUAAGUGGUGCUUUCUUAGCCCCGCAUUACUUGCUCCUAUGUCAUUCGCAAGGUCUAGACGUCCUGCCGUUGGUGUCUCCGCCUGCACCGCAGCCGUAUGCCCUGGUACGGAGGGCAGCAUUCAAGAGUGUCGUGGUCAUGGAACACCGCGGUGUCCUCGUCGCCAUCGCCGGCCGCAGAGAUGGUGUCAGAGUAUAUGCACUGGAAGAGAUCCGGAGGAUGGUGGAUUGGCGGAUGGAGGUUGAGGUCAGGCGCGAAAGGGAGAAAGCCCGACGGGAAGAAACGAAACGGCCGAUGACAACGAUUGCGCUCGUUCACAGCGAGGAAUCGGAGAAACGGGACUCCACAGAGAAGCAGCCUGCUAUCGUGCAUGCUGUGGGCGGCGACAAGAUGUCUAUGCAGCUUGGUCGCAGGAGCUCAUUGGCCGUUCCUCCUGGGCAGCCCCGUCCACCCGUCAUUCGGACACCCAAACCUAAGACACCCGUCGUGCAGUCUGCUCCACCAGAGCCGUCAGGUCCUCCUCCAGCGUACUCGAGUUCCCCGCCGCUCUCCGGCGACCGUGAGCCUGAGCAGUCAACACCUCCAACACAACCCGCCCCAGCGUCGAUCACGACAACGCCACGCGCACGGUCGAGGGCCACAUCUGUCAGCGAAGUGUUGGCUGGAACGAUGUCACGGCGCCACACUCUGGCCAGCGUUCAGGGCGAGACCGAACACCAGGACGACACCAAGGGCGAUUGGGCAUCUAGCGACGACGAAGCCAUCAAUGUUAUGGCAGCCCCAAGUGGCAGCCAGCUACUGGACGAGCGUACCAGCGCUAUGGCUUCCGCCACCGCAUCGCCGACAGGAGCUGGUGGUCGGGUGGACAUGCCCCGCUCUCAGACUGCGCCGUCGCUCAGCGCGCGAGCCAACCGCCGGAGCAGGCCUGCGAAUCUGGACUUGUCUCUCAGCAGAUCCAACACGAAUAUUGUCCCGGUUCCACCGCCGUCUCCUACCCCGACACUCCUGACGCUCCGACAGGCACUCAGCUUGGGAGCCACACCACGAGACGAGGAUGGUGCCCUUACGCCUGACCCCGACGGAGACGCUGACGCUGAAGAGGAGGAAGACGCCGAACUGAACCGAUCGUCGCCUCCAACCCCUACCCGCGAGCGGAUCACUCUUGCUGAAGCACUGUUUGAGAGUCGUCUUCCUGACAUCCCGCCCGCUGGAUCUCGGCGAGAACAAGAGCCCAUUCUCAUCAACACCCAAGGCAGUGCGGAAGGCGAUGUCCCCGCAAGUCCUAGGACGUCGGAAUCCCAUUCUACUUUUACAAGGCAGAGCACCAGCGGACACUCCAACCGCCGGCGGCGGAGAUGGUCUGUACUCGGUGGGGUCUUCUCCAACCCGUCUGGCCAGUCGCAGUCAUCGAUUCCCUCGCUGUCGGAGCUGGGACACGCGUCGCCACCUCAGGAGCCCGUGGCGCCUGAGAUGCGCGAACGCAGACCUGCCGUCAUUCAUCGUUCUCAUUCCGGUCGUGUCACCCAGUCUGUCUCGAACCCUGCGAUGACGCCGGUGAGACCGCCGCGGCGUCCAUCCACGUCACCGGGACCGAGCAAUAACGGCGGUGUCACUCAGUCUUCCAUGGACCUGCCUCCACCGUUGCCACAGGCGCCAGCAUCGCAUUCUCGUUUCCUUCCGCGCAUCCUGACCAAUGCCCUUGGACGACGAUCCGACGACGUUGUGCAGCUGCCUCGCGCCGCUGGGGCUGGAUCGGAUAGACCCUCGAACCUUCCGCCGCCACCGCACGCACCCGCCCCAAAGUUGGAAUACGUCAAGCUCCCGGGCACGAAGGGUGCAGUCCCAGUGAAGGCGGUAGAGACUGCAAAGAAGAGCUUCCUGGCGAUUCUUUGCGGCGACAACGGUGAGAAAGUGGAGCUUUUUGCGGGCACAUACCGCACUGCCCUCGGGCUCUCCCGAACGUUCAUUCUGCCAGACUCGCCUCGGUCCCUGGAGCUGCAGCUGCAAGGCGACGACCUUGUGGAGGUUUUCUUGGUUUUCUCGCAGAACGUCUUUGGCUUGGAACCCGCGACUGUUCGGGUGCGCGAGGUCAGGAUCGGACGCGCAGAGCGGAGAGCCGCCCGUCGUCGCGCGCGGGAGAACCAGGCUGGAACGUCUCCUGGUGAUGCGGAUACCGACGGCGCUGCCAACGGGGAGGAAGACGCCUCUGUCAGUGUCACAAUCGGAAUCGCGCCGACUCCUCCUGCCGGAGACGACCCACUACAAGCAGCGACUUCUGGGAAUGCUUCGCCUCCUGUGGCAUCGACGCCGCAGCUGCAAAUCGAUGGCACGAACGGCAACACUAACUCCACUGAUGAGCUAGUCACACUCGCGGCGGCGCAGAUGAGUCCAUACACAACCUUCCAGCAGUUGUCGUUCGCGCCGAACUUCCCGCUCGCGACGAUUGCGGACGAGUACAUCAUACCUCCCACAUAUCGCGAGUUCAUCGAAUACCGCAAUCAGUACGAGCCCGAGGUCGAUGGGACGACGAACGUUGACCUGUCUCAAGUGCAGUUCUCUCCUCCCGGUCUUCCCGUUCCUACCCCUGCGCCACCUUCGAAGUGGUUUUACCGGGACCCUAAAGGCGUCAUUCAUGGUCCCUGGAAGGCGUCUCUCAUGCAAGCGUGGUACCGCGAUGGUCUACUGCCUCCAGACCUCCCGGUAAGGAGGGAAGAGGACACCGAAUACGUCCUUCUCCGGGAACUUCGGCUGCAGUGCGUCGACCCGGCAUCCCCCUUCCGUUCCUCUCCUCCAGCUCCAUCUCCCGCGCCUGCACCCGUGCCUAUGCCUAUCACGGACGCCUCAAAACCCCUGCUUCCUCCGCAAUCACUGCUUUCCCAGCCAAAACAUUUCGGUCCUCCUGCUCUCUUCUACUCGUCUCGUGGCGGUCACAGCACCACCAUCGUCGAUUCCCGCGGCAGGUCUGUCCUAAAGGGCCGCUUCAUGUGGAGCAUCGACGAAGAGUCGCAAGUAUCUGGCCGCCUCGGCGAUGUCAAGCGAUUGGAAGCCUUCGACGUGAAGGAUCGCGCCGUCCUUGUCGCGAUGCGCCAGGGUGGACUCGAAGCAGUGGACUUCGGCGACGCCUUGCUUAAACCGGGAGAUCACUCGCGCACCAUCCUGCCUCAUUUCCACCCACCGCUGUCGAGCACGAACCGUCGCGGCCCGUGCGUCUGGAAAAUUGGCACACCUCUGGAUUCAUCCAACCCUCAGCCGGAGCAUAUCGCUUUGCCUGUCAUGACGAGGACUGGCAUGGGACCGCGCAAGAAGCAGAGCACAGGUCCAUCGAAGUCGCCAGGACGCUCCGAUUUCAUCAUAUCUGGAGAUGGUGAUGAUGCUGCCGACGAGGUCAUCUUCCUGGGUCGGAAGGGUGACGAGAUGUAUCUCUGCGAGAAGUCGAGCACGUCCUUCAGGGUUCUCAAGCUGUCUCCCAGUUUGUCGGCAUCAUAG